AUGGAUGAUAUAAAAUCAAAGGACAAAUACAAGGAGAAGGCUUUACAAUAUAUAAAAAAAGAAGGGAGCACGCGACCACUUUCAUUUUAUGAACUUAAAAGGCAACUUGGAAAUGAUGUCGGUAUUCUUCAAGAGUUGGUCGCUGAAGAUAUAAUACUAGAACAAAAGGUUGAAAUAAACGGACUUUCAUCGGAUACAUCGUUCGACGUCAUAACUUUAUAUUUUAACAAAAUCAAUAAAGAGCUUCAGCCGAAAGACAAUUUAACGACUACAUUAAAAAGAAAAUUUCCAGCAGAGGAAUCGAAUUCACAAACAGAUCCUAAAUCAGUGGACCUUAACUCUCAAAUUCAGUCACUUAGAAGUCGGCUUUGUGAAUUGAACAAUAUCGAAUUGAAUUUGAAAAUACAAUUACGAAAAUUUGGACAUACAAAAGACGUUGGAUAA